AUGGCUGAUAAGGAUGAUUCUAUAGCUAACUUUGUCAACGUAAAUCGUCGUUUAUGGAAUGACAAAGUUGAUUAUCAUGUUGUAUCACCAAUGUAUAAUGUCGCUGGUUUUCUUGCUGGUGCUAAUUCAUUAAAUAAAAUUGAAAGUGAUUUAUUAGGUAACAUACAAGGUCAACGUAUUCUUCAUUUACAAUGUCAUUUUGGACUUGAUUCACUUUCGCUUGUUCGAUGUGGUGCACAACAUGUUACUGGAGUUGAUUUAUCCGAUCAAGCUAUUGACAAAGCUCGAGAAUUAGCUGAAACUCUUAAUCUUACAACAUCGACAAGAUUUAUCUGUUGUAAUAUCUAUGACUUGCAAGAACAUUUAUCAUGUGAUCAAGAUGAACUAUUUGAUAUUGUUUUCACUUCUUAUGGUGUUACUGCUUGGUUACCUGAUAUUAAUAAGUGGGCAUCUUUAAUUUCUCGAUAUUUGAAACCAAAUGGUAUUUUUAUUAUAGUAGAAUUUCAUCCUGUUCUAUGGAUGUUUGAUGAUAUGUUUUCACGUAUUGAAGAAUCAUAUUUUAAUCAGAAAGUGAUCAUUAGUCAAUGUAAUGGUUCUUAUGCUGAUCGUAAUGCUCCAAUAUCGAAUUCAAGUGUUGAAUGGAAUCAUAGUCUUAGUGAAAUUGUUCAAGCACUUAUUGAUCAUGAUCUUCGAAUUAAUGUUCUACAAGAAUUCGAUUAUUCACCAUAUGAUUGUUUUCUAAAUACUGUUAAAACAGAUGACGGAUUUUAUCGAAUUAAAGGUUUGGAAAAGAAAUUACCUAUGAUAUAUGCUAUCAAAGCUACUAAAUCUGUUUAA